AUGCCAUUUUCCUUCUCUGCUUCUUCCUCUUCACCUCUGCCUCCUGCUUCCUCUCCUUCCUGCAGAUCCUCAACUCCAAAACGACCCAGAACCCAUUUCUCGUACCCUCUCCUCUCCCCAAAUCUCCUCUCCAAGAAGAACAACCAUCCAUUCCUCCGGACAUACCCACACCGCCGCCGGCAGCGCGAUUUCCCCUCCUGCGCCGCCGUUCCGGGACUCGAUUUCGGCAACUUGGACUCAGUCUUGGAAGCUGCCGGAGUAUUGACCGCUAUCAUAAUCGUGCACGAGAGCGGCCACUUCCUCGCCGCCACCCUCCAGGGAUCCACCUUUCCCUUAGGUGGGUUCGUGGGGUUCCCUGAUAACGAUCCCGAGAGCGAUAUCCCAGCCGACGACGAGAAUCUGCUCAAGAAUCGGCCGAUUCUGGACCGGGUAUUAGUGAUUUCAGCUGGUGUAAUUGCUAAUAUCAUUUUCGCCUAUGCGAUUAUCCUGGUUCAAGUUUGUUCGGUUGGUUUGCCCGUUCAAGAGGCAUUUCCUGGUGUCCUUGUCCCUGAAGUUCGACCCUUCUCUGCUGCUUCUAGAGAUGGGUUGCUCUCUGGUGACGUUAUCCUCUCUAUCAAUGGUGCUGAGAUGCUUAAACCUGGGGUUAACUCGGUCUCUGAGGUUGUCGAGGUCAUUAAGUUGAAUCCCAAGAGAGACGUGGUGCUGAAAGUGGGGAGAGGACAGCAGGAUUUUGAAAUCAAGACUGCAAGUAAAGUUUCAGGCCCUGUAGCUAUCAUUGCAGUUGGUGCUGAAGUUGCUAGGUCGAAUGUUGAUGGGCUUUACCAAUUCGCGGCACUACUCAAUUUGAACUUGGCUGUGAUUAACCUUCUCCCUUUGCCUGCUCUCGAUGGAGGGUCUUUGGCAUUGAUUGCUGUGGAAGCAGCCAGAGGUGGGAGGAAGCUACCUUUGGAAGUGGAGCAGCGAAUUAUGUCGUCGGGGAUUACGUUGGUUUUGCUUCUUGGGAUGUUCCUCAUUGUCAGGGAUACAUUAAACCUGGAUUUCAUCAGAGAGAUGUUGUGA